AUGGAAGAACCUCAAAUAGCAUUUGUGGGAUCACCUCCACUUUCUGGAGAAGAAGUUUGUGCUUCUGAUAUCAAUUUUGACAGAACUCUUCCUGGCCUGCACCAGUAUCUUGGGACAGAUUUUGUAGAUGUAGGUGGGCGAACGUUUCUGGAGCCUGGGAGUGAGACUCAUAUGUACGCGUUUUAUCGCAAAGAUGUAGUAUUGGUGCCUGGAAAUUCUCUUCCACUUAUCCCUUACGAUCCACUAGAGUCAGAUCUUCUCCAAAAAAUUAAUAAGGAGAAAAAGCCUUUGAUAUUUCUACCUGGAUAUCAAGAUCAUGUGAGCUUGGGGGAUUUCGUUGGUUGUAUUGGUACUACAGCUGACUUAGUUGCUAUCUGUAUUCCCGAUGCAAAUGAAAAUGCUCCUAUUCGUGCUAUGUUUAUUGGUAGACAGCGAAUUCGCAUCACUAAAGCAACGCGCGACUCUUUAUACCCGCUAGUUUGUCAUGGAACAAUUUUACCGGAAGCGUCUUUUGAUCGUGAAAUGGCCAGUCAUCCUUUAGGUUGGGGAUUGGUUCCUCGGUCAUGGUCUCGUUUUGGUUGUGAUCCACUACCAACCCGUCCCAGUACAUAUAAUUCUAGCGGAUUGAAGCAAGUUUCAACUGGUGUAGUGUCUAGCAAGUCUCCAAACAGUGAUUCCUCUCAUAAUAGUCUACCAACCUCUCUCCCAUCACAUUCGCUGACAGUAAACUUUUGUGUACCACCAGCCGGUAAUGCCUUUUCAAUUUUCGACUCCCGGUUGAGUACAUGGAGAACUUCUGGACCUAUUAGUUCUGGAAAUAUACAUUCUCCAUGUAGCUCUGCAGGAGCACGACUUGAUCAUUUUGUCGAUGAUGGUUCGGAUCAGGAAAACAAUUCGAAAAAAUCAAAACGUGAUCUUGAUAAUCUCGUCAACGGUGAUAACGAAGUCAGUAGUGCAUCAUCUAAUAGUAAAGAAAAACAGGGUGUUAAAUCAGGAAACAAGCUAGCUAGAUGUUCUUCACUUUCAGAAGAUGUUGAAUUAAUUAUGGAUCGUGCUGUCGAUCGGGGUGGUCGACCCUUCCGUUAUCGUAUCAAACAGCUUUGUGACCCUCGUCUUCUGUCUCGACGUGAUGUUUUGGCUGCCACUGCACAAGCUUAUGCUUCUUUACCGUAUUGGGUUUACCGACAGUAUGAUUUGAAUUAUUUAGUUGCGGCUAUUCAAGCGGAACUCUGUAAUUGGAAUGAUACCUGGCAAGUUGACAAUUGGAAUCCUGAAUUAGCCGUCCCGUUUUCUUACUGGCUGAUACAAAAUCUUCCAAUGUCUGGUUCAUUAAAAUCUCAUAUAUUGGGUAUUGAUCAUGUUGUACAGCGUCUGCGUGCUCUACUGGAAGUUAUACGUCGUUCGACAGCCUGUGUUUGUGCAUCGUGUGAUGCAAAUAUCACUUCAAACCAAUAUAUUGUUUGCCUUGCUCAAGAAGGGAGCUCACAGACAUAUAUUAAUCCAUCUGGUAUUUUACAUGAUAUUGUGACUGUGAGUCAAGUUACCCCGAAUUCUAUUAAUCUUAUCGGUGAAGCUUCAUCCGAAUAUUCUUGGUUUCCUGGGUAUUCUUGGACUAUAGCCAAUUGUAAUAGUUGUUACCAACAUAUGGGUUGGUUAUUCACUGCCCUAAAUGAUCAUUUACGUCCACGAAAAUUUUGGGGUAUUCGACGUCAAACAGUCGUGCCCGGUUUAAUAAGUGCGUCAGAUUGGCGUCCUUGUAUUUAA